AUCAGAGAGUUUAUAUCUCUUCCUUUAAUCUGAAAGCCUCUACAGGGUAUGAACAGGAAAUGGCUUCAUUUCUUAAGAACACACGCUUGAGAAAAGUUUUGAUUGAACCCCUUCAAAUAUGCAUGACCUUCAAAGACAUUACUUUGUCAUUACAUUUCUUUUCAUUGUUGACACACUCUUCAUACAUGUAAGAGGGGAUGACCCAUCCGCUGUACAGGAACCAGCCUCAGAACUGAAAUAUGCAUUAAUAGGAAUAGGGAUCGGUGUAUUUCUCUCCAUCUGCUUCCUUGCAAUAAAGAUAUACAUGAUCAAAAGACACAUGCUGGACAAUGAACAGUCAGAGGAUUCGAUAAGAGGAUUUACACGAAGUAUUGAUGCUGAAAACAGGACCUGAUCAACGAAGCAAAACCUGUUCACAGAAGGGAUAAGCUAUAGGGCUGAUCACAGAGUUUUAUGUUAUUUUUUAACGUUUGUAAUGUCUGUAAAGCAUGUAAUGUUAUUGUGUUAUUCCUAUUAAGGAAAUUAGGUCAUUUUGGUGCACGGUGGGUUAGUGGUUAGUAUGUUUGCCUCACACCUCUAGGGCUGGGGGUUCGAAACAUUUUUGCAUGUUUUCCCCAUGCUUCGGGGGUUUCCACCAACAUGUGUUGUAGGCUGAUUGGCAUCUCUAUAUUGUCUGUUGUGUGUGUGUGCUUGUGCAAUGGGUUGGUACCCCAUCCAAGGUGCCCCCCCGCUUUGUGCCCGAGUCCCCUGGAACAGGCUCCAGGCUCUGCACGACCCUGUGUAGGAUAAACAGUGCAGAAAAUAGAUGGAUGGAUGGAAUUGGAAUUGAGCAAUUAGAAAACUACUAAUUACCCACACAGGCGCACGGUGGCUUAGUGGUUAGCACGUUCGCCUCACACCGCCAGGGUUGGGAUUCAAUUCCCGCGGCUCUGUGUGUGUGGAGUUUGCAUGUUCUCCCCGUGCUGCGGGGGUUUCCUCUGGGUACUCGGGUUUCCUCCCCCAGUCCAAAGACAUGCAUGGUAGGCUGAUUGGUAUGUCCAAAGUGUCUGUAGUAUAUGAAUGGGUGUGUGAAUGUGUAUGAGAUUGUGCCCUGCGAUGGAUUGGCACCCUGUCCAGGGUGUACCCCGCCUUGUGCCCGAUGCUCCCUGGGGUAGGCUCCAGGUUCCCCGUGACCCUGAAAAGGAUAAGCGGUUGAAGAUGGAUGGAUGGAUAAUUAUCCACACAGUUAAUACCUGGUUGCUUAUUAAUUAUUAUCUUUCUUUCUUUUUUUUUUACUGUAAAAUCAAAUUAUUUUGUUUUAGAGCAAUGUGUGAUAUCAGAUCCUUGUGAAUUCUGACUUGAAAAAAAUCCUUGUGAAUUCUGACUUGAUUAUUCUUUCUUUUGGGCCAUUUUUCUUUCACAUCACCUAGAGGUCACGCUUGAAAUAUUAGGUUUAUGUAAGCCUUUACGGCAUUUUUACAGACACACACACAUAUACACACACACACACAAGCACUCAGUAACCCUCAGUGACUUAGGGUCACUAGCACUGUAGCACUAUAGUUUAGUUAAAGGCUACCUUGUUUUUGGUUUUGGAAACCAGUCCAGAAACAGAGUUGAAGCUCAGUUCAGCUUCAGUCCACAAAGAGAGACAGAGAGAGAGAGAGAGAGAGAGAGAGAGAGUGAAAGAGAGAACUGGUUACAGCAUCAAAUUCAGCUUUAUUGAAGCUUUAAGCACAAGGAAAAAAUCCUUUAGAUAUUUUCUUUUUAAAUACACGCAAAUCAAUUCCAUACAGGGACAUUAAAGUUGUUUUUUUUUUUCUUUUUUUUCUUUUUUUUUUCUUUUUGUUGUUAUUUCACAUACAAGACACAAAAAGCAUUUUAAUUGCAGGUGACAUUUAGUUCCAAUAAUAUAUGUUAUAUAUGUCCAAACCCUUGGAAUAAUGUUAUGAGACUUGGAAAGCAAGCUCUGGAAAAAAAAAAAAAAGAGAGAGAAAAAAAAACUUUCCUCAUAAGCAUUAUUCUUAAACAAACAAACAAACAAACAAACAAACAAAACAGGACAGAUCAUUAGUCCACUCACCAUUUAUCAUUAAAAAAAAACUAUGGUGGAGAGUUUUAUUUUACUAUUUACUCUUUUUGGUUUUUGACAGUACACGACAUUAUGGAUUUAGUGUAAUAUCAUACAUUAUCCAGAAGAGGGAAGCCUACACUCUAAAAUGCAGAUCCUCAGCAUACUGUAUCAGUUUACACACAUCGCCUCAUUGUCAAGUGCAAGACUUGUAAGCAAGUCCGGUGACUCAUGUUAGGAUUGGUUCAUUAUUGUCAAAAGUGAUGUAUUGCUGAAAGAGAAUAUGAUCCCAGUGCAUUACUGUUCAAGAAGUACUCACUAGCUGACCAGAACUAUGAGAAGUGUUGGAAGAAGUAGAAAAAGUAGCCAGCAAUACAACAAAUAUAAACAAAAAGUGCUAUAAACAAUGUACAGGAAGCAGUCACCAUGGGUAUAGUCAUGAUACCUACUAAUGAACAGAAUACGAUAUUGAUACUGAUUCAUUGUGAAUUGCAUUGGUUUACCUGCUUCAGGGGAUAAUCUCACCUGCACAAUGUAGAAAUGCUGUAGUUGCAUGCAGGGAGAUUUUUCCUUGCCAUUGUCACCUCUGGUUUGCUCAUUAGGGAUGUAAGUCUACAUCUGGAUUUUGUCAAAUUGUUAAAAUUGCUACACAAAUACAAUUCAAUUGAUAUGAAAUAGAAUUUAUGUUCGCUAGACAUAUACACACAUAAAAACUGUAUAA